AUGGUCACAACACGGCAGCACCCACAUGAGUUUCCCCCUCCGGCUACAUCAAAGCAGGCUGGGUCAAAAUCGGACAGCUCUCCGGCGCCUUUGAAACAAUGGGCACACUUCCCCUCGACACUGGUAAUGGUGUGGUUAUUAGCCUCGAUUCCAUUUGUCCUCUGGGAUACUGGCUACGUGCUCCUUAGGCCGCACAGCAUGCCUGGUGGCUCUAUGCACACCAUUUGGACCCCAUAUGCCCUCUAUGGAACUGUUGAUUACAUAUACGGCUGGCCGGCCUAUAAAGCUCGUAAUGGGUUUACAGCUGCACAAGCUUCUCUUAAUAUUGUCGAGACAAUUUGUUAUGUUUUCUAUUUGUCAGCUAUUUGGACACAUGGGAAAGCAAUUGGAGCCCGGGGAAAACCUAAAGUGCCAGAGAAGAGCGUAAAGUGGUUCCUGUUUGAUACCAAGUAUGUCGACGGAAGGAUAGGCGCCAUUGCUCUAUUGGUUGUUUUCAGUGCCAGUGUGAUGACUCUCAGCAAAACCGUACUCUAUGGUAAGUGUUCCCGUGAGCUGAACGUUGAGUAUCGGGCCCAUACCUGCGGGACGGCUGCAAUGCGCCUUCGGACUUCACUUUCAUAA